UUCAUAACACAACAAUAACAAAUAACAUGUGGUCUUGACUAAUUUCACGAUUCCAUUGCACGGUUUGCCUUUUCUUUAAAGAUUUGGAGUGUUUUGAAGUCGGCAACACGGCUGUACUUUUUAGAAGCAGUUGGAGACAUCUCUGGGCGCGUCUAAGUCACCGGCACCUCAAACAUUCUCUCAACCCUGCUCGGACUGUUCUUCAUUGCCAAAGGACUUCUGCUGUCACUUUCUCCACCAUGUCUGAGCCGCCACGCAAGAAAGCUAAGGUGAAGGAGGAGAAGGGAGGAGAAAGCAAACCUGUACUGGUACAGAACAACAUCGCUGGGCCAAGUAAUGGCCAAGACUUCAUGACCAAGCUGACCAACUCCCGUCUUGGAUGUGCGUCUUCCAUUCUCCAGUUCAAGUUCAACAAGAAGAGAGUUCGUGUGAUCUCGGAGUGUGAGGACUUCAGAGAUGAUCAUGAUGGUGUGGUGUACUGGAUGUCUAGGGAUCAGAGGGUACAAGACAAUUGGGCCUUCUUGUAUGCUCAGAAAUUGGCACUACAGCUCGAGGUGCCACUCCAUGUCUGUUUCUGCCUGGUACCGAAGUUCCUGGAUGCCACAAUUCGACAUUUCAGGUUCAUGUUGAAAGGUCUCAGAGAGGUGGAGCAGGAAUGUCAGAGCCAAGGCAUAUCAUUUCACCUGCUCACAGGAUAUGCCAGCGAAGUCUUGCCCAAAUUCGUACGAGAUCACAACAUCGGAGGAGUUGUCACCGACUUCAGCCCUCUCCGUGGACCUCGUAAGUGGGUCGAAGAUGUUCGAGAGGUGUUGCCAGAUGAUGUACCACUCUGUCAGGUAGAUGCGCACAAUAUUGUCCCCUGUUGGAUCGCAUCCCCUAAACUGGAGUACGGAGCACGGACAAUUCGCAAGAAAAUUCAUGAGCAGCUGCCGCUCUUCCUGACAGAGUUCCCGCCUAUCAUCAAGCAUAAAUAUCUACCCAAGUCGAAGCCAGAGCCCACAGACUGGGAUGCUGCUGACGCCAGCCUCGAAGUCGACAUGACGGUGGGGGAAGUGGAUUGGGCUAAUCCUGGUACGAAAAGUGCUCUAUUAGAGCUGGACGAGUUCUGCAAGAAGAGGUUGAAGUUCUUUGCAGCUGAGCGGAAUAAUCCCAACAAAGCAGUGGCAUCCAAUUUGUCACCUUGGAUACACUUCGGUCAAAUAUCAGUACAGAGGUGUAUUUUGAUAGUGAAACAGUUCAAAGGGAAGUUCAAGGAGUCAGUGGAUUCUUACAUAGAGGAGGCAAUCAUCAGAAGGGAGCUGUCGGAUAACUUCUGCUAUUAUAACAAGAACUAUGAUUCCAUUGAAGGUGCAUAUGAUUGGGCCAAGACGUCUCUGCAGAUCCAUGCAAAAGAUAAAAGGGAAAAGAUCUACACACAGAAACAGUUCGAGGAGGCGAAAACUCAUGACGAUCUUUGGAACGCAGCUCAGAUUCAGUUGGUAAGAGAAGGCAAGAUGCAUGGAUUCCUGAGGAUGUACUGGGCCAAGAAGAUUCUGGAAUGGACACCGAGUCCCGAGGAAGCCCUCAGAAUAGCAAUCUACUUGAAUGAUCGAUUCUCACUGGAUGGGAGGGAUCCCAAUGGCUUUGUUGGUUGCGCUUGGUCUAUAUGUGGCAUACAUGACCAAGGUUGGGCUGAAAGAGCUGUGUUCGGGAAAAUACGCUACAUGAACUACAAGGGCUGCCAGAGGAAAUUCAAAGUGGACGAGUUCGUGAAGAAAUAUGGAGCAAAGAAAUACUGAAGGACUGUUUUGGAGGACUUGUAUAAAUUCAGUCAAACUGUUCAAUGGAUCUCAGGGAUUAGUGGGAAUAUACAUUCACAAUAGUAGUGUCUUGCGAAGUCGGGGUACGACUACCUGUGAGCUCUACUAGCUGUUCAUUGUGAUCACAGUGUGUGGGCAUUAAAAAUAUCAAAACUUGAAUCAAAUAUUUACUUGAUUUGGAUGAGCGAUCUACCAGUACUUGCAUUAUACAUGUCAACAUUCUAACCUUUACACCCCCUUUUCCUUGUACGAACUCUUCCAGCUAAUGCAUUGGAACAGUCCACUUCAGAAAAUUGAGGGUGGAAAGAUUAAAAGUACAUGUAACCUGGCUUUGUUUAUUACAUUGAUCUGUUUUGUAAGCAUUUACACGGUACUUUUUAAUAAAACCACUAUGUGUAA